UAAUGCCAAUUUGUUGAUUAGGUAUUUCUAAUAAACAAGUAGGUAGACAUAUGGUAAUUAAUAGAUUCCAAGUUGUGAAACUCUAUGAUCUGAGUGUUGAGUGGGAAAUUGAGUCUCUAAUUUGUAUUGUAGGCUUCACCAAGGGCUCUACUGCUCAGUGGCUUUUCUCAAGUAAAGUCUCUGCUGUUCCACACUUGAUGUCUUUUAGGGUUUCUCAAGAUGAGAAGCCUUUUGAUUCCACUCUAAAGUUCCCUGCUCCUGAACUUCAGAAAUCUUUCAAUCACAAUGGACAAGGUGGCUUUCAUUUUUCCAUGACUCCGUAUCCUGUACAACAUGAUGUGAAUUCUGUGAAUCGUCCUCACGAUGUGAAGAUAUUUUCAAUUUCCAAUCAAGCAAUUUCAGUUUCUGUGGGGAAUCCAUAA